AUGGAUAGCAAACGACUGUAUUUUCAGCAGCAAUCUUUUCUGAUUCGCAUCAAGAAAAAUCGAACUCCACAAAGCCCAAAUGGAAGCACUCGACCGGAUCAAAAUGAUAUGGGUGACAAUCAGCAAUGUCAUGAUGGUAACAAAGUUCAUAAGAUUGAACCCCUGCUGAAAAUGUUCAUAAAAAAACGUCAAGAAAUAUAUGUACCCGGCAAAGUAGUAUGCAUUGACGAAAGCCUCAUUCCGUUUCGUGGAUGUUUACUUAUAAAGCAUUUCCUGAUCUCCGAAGAAAACAACUUUAAGCCCGACUCUAUCCACGAUCUGGCUAGGUGGAGUCGUAGACCAUUAGGAAGGAAUUCGAGAAGGAAUAGUUCGGAAAA